CGGGGAUCUGGCGGGAGGCAGCUGAGCUCCCUCCGGGCAGAGAGUGGGGAUAUAAGGAGAGGUAUCCAUGGGCAAAGCAGCAACAGGGUGCCGAGCUAGCAUAGGAUAGGAUAGGAUAGGAUAGGAUAGGAUAGGAUAGGAUAGGAUAGGAUAGGAUAGGAUAGAAUAGGAUGCAGCUCCCAGGUCUGUGCUGCGGGGCCUCGCUGCUGCUGCUUGUCCUGCCGUGGGCAGGAGCGCAGCCGGCCGACGGCGAGCACGAUGCGGAGCUGCGGUCCCUGCAGGACCUCCUGAAGGCGCUGGGGCAGCUCCGGGAGGAGGAAGGGGAACCGGGCCUGGAAGACGAACCGGUGGCCGGGGCUGAGGACGGCGGCUCCGAGUGGGACCUGCCGGGGGCGGAGAGCGGCCCGCCGGCUGCCCCGUACCCGGCGCCCAGCCCUCCCCAGCCGGCGGAGGGGCAGAACCAAUGGAGGACCCUCCUCUCCUCCUACAGACGGAGGCACUUCUCCGGCUGCUUUGGGACGAGGAUGGAGAGGAUCGGAGCGCAGACGGGGCUGGGAUGCAACCAGUACAAAGCCCGUUUCUGGAGGAGAGGGAGAAGCUGAAGCCGGGACCGGCUCCCAGGCGCUUCCUGAGCCUCCAGGCCGGUGUCCAGCAGCCAGCCAGCCAGACUUCCCCCCGGAGCCCCCGCGGGAGUGGAGUAUGCAGCAAUAAACUUUCGUACAA